GUUUAUUAUCGUAUGUUUAAAAGACUGUUCGUUUAAUUAUUUAUCUUAAAGUGUAGUUGGCAGUACAACAUGGCGCAUAUGUAUUGGGUUAUAUUGGCUUCCCUUUUCGUUUCCGCUGUUCCACUUAAAUCCACCAAAGGACGGGAAUUUGUCACUGGAUUUCUGAGCUUAUCCCCUCAAUGCACGUUAAAACUAGAUAUUGCUUCCAAUACAAAUGGGGAUGUUGAGCUAUACGUACCCUAUCUAGGAAUAAAUACCACCUACUCUUUCAAUAGAACAUUCUCAACUACGUUCAACACUAGUCUUCAGCUUUACGGCACUCGGAUCGGACGAAACGGCGUUUAUAUUAAAUCAUCAGUUGAUAUUUCGGUUUAUGCAAGCACAUACAUGUAUCAACCUCGUGGAAACGCUGAAGACACUCACGUAUGUCUGCCUGUUCAAUCGCUUGGGAGAGAAUAUUAUAUUGCCAGUUAUAUCCCCUACCAAGUUUUCGGUGAUCCAUCACUGUUUAUGGUGAUAUCAGCGUUUGCAAACACUAAGGUUAAUAUAUCAUUUCCUAACGGCACAUCAAUAUCAAAGACAUUGAACUGGUUGGACGUCUAUCAGGAAGCUUCCCCUAGCAACGAUCUCACUGGUACUAUCGUCCAAUCAAGUAAACCAGUAUCUGUGGUAAGCGGGACGUCUUGUGCGUAUGUCUUUAAAAGCAGUGAAUGUGAUAUGCUUGGUGAGCAAAUGAUUCCAACGAAUAGCUUUCAAACGCAUUUCAUCAUCCCGCCAAUCCUGUCCAACCAAUUCAUGGUUCGUAUUUUCAGUAGUCAAAGUAAUAACAAGGUAUGUGUGAAAGACUCAUCAUUUGAACAUUGCUCAAUAAUGGAUGCAAAUCAAUGGUUGGAAUCGGUACCAAAUAAUUCGUCCUUAGUCGUCUCUAGUCAAAAACCGAUAUCCGUCAUACAAUACAAUGGCAAUCCAGCGUACAUGACAAUUAUUCCGGGUAUUCGUCAAUUUAUGAACUCGUAUACAUUUGUUGUACCAGACGAUACUAUGAUCAAAACUCACUAUAUCUCCGUUACCAUACUCUCGUCCGCAUCGCUAACACUUCGUUUGGAUGAAAAAUCACCAGGUGAUCAACUUGUUGACACGGCUUACGUGAACACACCAUUUAACAACUAUACAAUCCUCACGUUCGGAAUAAAGGCAGGAUACCACGUGAUGACAUCGACUGAAACACAUGUUGUGUUCGGAUUGAUUGUAUUUGGAAUGUGGACCUUAGGCGCAUACGGUUUUCCUGCAGGGAUAAACUUAGACAUUGACGAAUGUGCAUCUAAUCCAUGCCUGUAUGGGAGUACAUGUUCAAACGGUGUAAACAGUUACACAUGUACCUGUCGAGGUGGCUUAAGCGGAAGGAACUGUGAGAUCGAUGUUAAUGAAUGUGCAUCCUCCCCAUGUCUUCACGGCGGUACAUGUUCAGAUGGUGUUAACGUUUACACAUGUACAUGCUCAGCUGGGUUCAGUGGAAGGAAUUGUGAAAGCAAUAUUAAUGAAUGUGCAUCCUCUCCAUGUCUUCACGGUGGUACAUGCUCAGAUGGUGUUAACGCUUACACCUGCUCAUGCUCAGCUGGCUUCAGUGGAAGGAAUUGUGACCUCAAUAUUAAUGACUGUGCAUCCUCCCCAUGCCUCCAUGGCAGUACAUGUUCAGAUGGUGUUAACGCUUACACAUGUACAUGCUCAGCUGGCUUCAGUGGAAUAAAUUGUGGAAGCAAUAUUAAUGAAUGUGCAUCCUCCCCAUGUAUUCACGGUGGUACAUGCUCAGAUGGUGUUAACGCUUACACCUGCUCAUGCUCAGCUGGCUUCAUUGGAAGUAAUUGUGGCACCGAUAUAAAUGAAUGUGCAUCCUCCCCAUGUCUUCACGGCGGUACAUGUUCAGAUGGUGUUAAUUCUUACACCUGUACAUGCUCAUUUGGUUUCAGUGGACGAAAUUGUGGAAUUAUUUCAGACUCCAAUGAACAGUUGGUAUGCUACAGUUGUGAAGGCAUGUCUCACCUUGAACUCUGUGAUUCAGUGAAGAGAUGUGGCAAUGGGGAAGUGUGUGUGGUAGAGCGAACUCAUAUCACGUACAGAUCGGGAUGUGCCAAUAGUUCGAUUUGUUCGACAUAUUAUCCAAGCUCAAGUCACUGCGCAGAAUGUUGCAAUAACGACUACUGCAAUGGACGUGGAUGCGGGGAUGAAGGUUUAGUCUCAAGGCAUGAACGUGGCCCAUUGUGCUAUGACUGCAAUCACGUUCGAACCAUUCACGAAUGCACGGCCAUUAGACCGUGUAAUAAACACCAGUCAUGCAGUGUCGAAGAAUAUGAAUGGCUGGAUCACACACAUUUCAAGCUCGGAUGUGUGGAUUUACCGUGCAGCGCUAUAGGAGACGGAUUUCUUGGUUCUUUGCCACGCUGUAAAUCCUGCUGUGACCAGGACUUUUGCAACACCAAUUGCACACUCCACCAGACCGUAGCAAUAAUUGGGUGACACGACGGCUAUCUGGCAAAGUAUUGUGCGUUUGUAUUGACCAUGAUAAUACAAUGUACACACGCGCAUAUGGAGAUUAAAUUCACAGAAUAUUA